GUUCGUGGUGGCGGGUGAGGCGCGAGCCGGGAGCCGGGCCGGGCGGCAGCGGCACCGCCACCUUGUACCGGGAGCCGGGAGCCGGGCCGGGCGGCAGCGGCACCGCCACCUUGUACCGGGAGCCGGGAGCCGGGGGGGUGCAGCUCGCCGUGCUCGCAGCAGUCGCCCCAGUCUGCGGGCUCAGCCCCGUGCCCGUCUUUGCGGCUCUCCGGGAGCCUCGGCGGUCCCGGGUCAGCGUUCCCCCUCACCCCGGCAGUGAGGCGUCGGCAUCUCUGCUGCUGCCCCACAGGAGUGGCCUCCUCGGCCCCUUGGGCGCUGGCUCGGGGGUCUUUUUCACCUGCAGAAUUACUUUUCCUUAGCUGGCUCACGUUAAACAAUGUUUGGUCUUUUAAGCCCUUGUCAGUGAAUGACAAAAUCUUGCCAUUGUGCUGCUGUUGCUAUGUUCACAGGUAAGGCAAACUGCCCUUACUAUGCCAAAGCUGAACUCCUGGCUGACUAUCUCCAGACUAACUUGCCCAGCUUCAGGGUUCACAAGAUUACUCAGCACCCUGACAAGUGGGAGCAGUGGCUUCAUGACAUUUGUGAAACAAAUGGAUGGCAACACAGCCAGUCUCCUAUCAUUUGGAGAGAACUGCUGGACCGUGGAGGGAAGGGUCAGCUUCUGGGAGGACUUAAUGAUUUUCUGGAAUAUGCUCAGCAAUAUUACGGCAUCACUUCCAUGAUGCUGAGUGAGGAAAUGUUAGACAUUGCUGAGGAGAACCUGCAGGCAUAUCUUGAAAUUGUAAAAGAGGAUGAAGAGAUUAAAAGUCUUAUCAAUCCUAUGCAGAUCUGGAUUACCAGUGCAUCAGUUCCAAUCUGUUAUCAUCUGAUCCCACUGUUGGCAAAUGGAGAAGUGUUUGGGAUGACCACAGAAAUCAGUAUCCAUUUGCUUGACAAUGAGCAGUUUAAAGAAAUUCUUCGCAGUAUUGUAAUGGAAGCUGAAGACAUGGCAUUCCCACUUCUCCGCAGUAUUUCAGAGCACACAAAAAUAGAUGAGGCUUUUAUUGAUGCUGAUAUUAUCAUUGUUCUUGAUGAUGUCCUCCUAAACCUUGAAAUCCAAUCCAUUGAGAGCUACAUCAGAGAAGUGAGUGAGAUCUGCCAAGUGUAUGCUCCCUUGAUUGAGAAGAAUGCCAAGAGUGAAGUCAAAGUCAUUUCAUCAGGAAAAACCUUUGUAAACCUUAAGGCAACAAUGUUAAGGACAUAUGGCCCAUCCAUUAGGCCUGAAAAUAUCAUUGCCAUUUCAACAUCCUGGGAAAGUGCAGCUAAAGCCAUGCUGGCCAGGAAGCUGAAUAUGAAUGCAGCAGGAGUUAGAGAUGUGAUUGUUUGGGGCAAUAUUACUGGGUCUAACUACAUUGAUUUGUCACAUGCAAAACUUUAUGGAUAUGACUGUGCUAUUCGGGGCCCUCCUAAUUUUCAACGUCCUUUGUUGAAUAUGAUUUAUGAUAGCGAAUGGCUGCAUUCAGAAGUGCUGUGUGCACAGAGCACGCUGAGCUCCCGGGUGUCCCAUUGCACAGGGAUGUUACCUGCCCAUGCAAUAGCCACGGUACUGCGGUACUGGUACCAUGCCUCUCCUUCUGAGGAGAUCAUUUCUGUGGGAAUACUCAGUGAAGGUCAGUUUUGCAUUCCUGAAGGAAUUAUCUUCUCUAUGCCAGUGAGGCUCCAGAAUGGUAAUUGGGAAGUCAUGACAGAAUUAGAAAUUAAUGAAACGACCCGAAAAGCUCUAGGACGCUUAUCCCACGAGCUGGUUCAGGAAAAGCUCGUUGCACUAAAGGAAAUAAAUGAAAUGCAUCCAUAUGAAGCAGAAUAAAAACUCCACAUCUUCUCCCAAGUGUUUCUUUGCUGCUUUUCCUAUUAUUUUGCUUUUCAAGUUCUCUGUCCUCAUUCAUCAAAAUAAGAACAAAUGAACUCUAAAGCAUGUUUUAGUUUGAGGUUUUUUUUUCACUUUUUCUCUAUUUUCAGGUUGUGAAAUUCUUGCACUUUUCCAGUGUUCUCACAAUUUCUUUCUAGUUUUCAUUCCUACAGACCGUUUCCCUAAUUUCUUUUCUUUCUCCCUUCCUUCAGAUUCUUUCCAGUACUUUUAUAUUAGCCUGUUAUUUACUAUGAGCUGUUCUUCACCAUUAAGGAUGGGCUGAAGAAUGGGGAAAAUAUUUUGAGUUGGAUACCCAGACCUUCUACUGAGCACAAAGCCUUUUGUUAUCCAUACUUGUUUUUUUGGGAAAGGACUAAAGACACAGUAAGAUAUUCUUGAUGAAUGCAGAAUUUAAUUAUUUGGCUAACCAUGACCUUGUUUAACCCAGACAGGGAAUUCCCAGUUAGAUAAGAGCAUCCUUCCCUGUCUGCUCUCUACCUGUAUGGCACUGCUGCUCUGUAGAGCUGUCCCAUUCCUCCUGUGUCAGCGUUAAAUGCUAAGCAGAGGUCUUCCCACUGCUAGCAGCCAUGUGCUCAGUUGUGGCCUUCUCUUGUGAUGUCACUAUCAGGUGUUCAAGUAUUCCCAAAGUGCCCUGCUUUAUCUCCUUGCAUGUGGAAGUACUUUAGGAGGCUAGCAAAAAUAGCUCAUGUUUUGCUUUUUUUUUUAAUCACAGAAAUGGAAAUCUUGCCUACUGGAUCACUUUAGCUAGAGUUGUCUGGAGGAGAAAAUGCUGGAAAGUCCCAUAUUAAAUAAGGUUUCCAUUGCCCAAAAGAGCAAACUAGAAAGAAAGUCUAAGCAUUGCUGUAGCUUUUGCUGUAUUUUCCUCAUUUAAAAUGAGCAUAAGAAAUCUCUAGGUGAAAAAGUAUUUCAAAACCAGUGAAUGUAACAUUUUUAACCUGUAGGCCAAAGUAAAAUUCCUACUGAUUUUAUUGAGUUUAAGAUUUCAUUUGCAUCCAACCACUUACUUCUUCAGACCAAGAAACUAUUGCAAAAACAGUUUAAUGCCUUAAAUGUUCAUAUGGAAAUAUUGAGCAGAACUCUCUGUCACAGAGUAGAAGUUUUGUAAUUCCAAAUAUUUUUUUCAGAGGUACUGAAACACAGUACUUUUGUAAUAAAGUAUGAUUUUAGGCAAAAUUGAUUUUUAAAAGAAAAAUAUGUUUAUACAUUUCCUUAGUGGCAAGUUCAUCUUUGUUUCCGUGUUAUCCUUAUUUAUUUAAUGAGUUUCAAGAGAAUACUCAUGUGUUUUAAGUCAAACAUAAUUAAAUUCUUGUUUAAACAGAAUUGUUGCAGAACCACUUUUACUUGCAUCUUUGGUGUCUUAAAUUAUGGAGAUUGUGUUAAUGAAAUGUUCCUGUACUUGCUAAUUUUUUAUCACAUAUGUUUGAAACAAAAGAGAAAGCUUCCUGUUCUUUGAAUCAGUUACAUACAGUUGCAAUAAAUUCCUUAUUUCUGUUCAAAUGGAAGUUCAAGCUCUGAAUAGGGGUAGACUUCCUAUAUGAGGAAACUAAGAGAAGUUACUGGCUGAUUAGAACAGGAGUGGGAGGGAUGUCAUGCUGGUCUUACAAAGAGGAGCUCAGAAAGCUGGGGUAUCACAAGGGAUCUGGAGGAAUCUGGGGUUCUAUGCAAAGUGUAUAUGGGAUAAGCAACAUUUAGAGGAACUGAGAUAUUAUUGUAAGUAUCCUCAUGGAAGAGUUCACAUGGAAAUUGUAGAGGUAGGUGUUGCAAAAAGUCUUGAAGAGAAGGGUUAGGAACCAUUCAUUUCAUGGGAAGUAGUCUCCAGGGAAUUAGUUUCCAGUAUGCACAGAAGACUGGCUGAGUUUUCUGAGGAGCAUCUAGAGGAAGAUGUCUCAGGAGAAAAUAGCAGGGAGGAAUGCUACCAGUCAUCUCUACAAACUACCUGUUUUUCUAUAAUUCCUUUUCCAAGAUAGAAAAGUUAGAUUUUCUAAUGUGUAUUUACAUUUGGGCUUUUUCUAUAUGAAUAGGCUUUAGCAAUCUUACUCUUUGAAUUCUUUUAUUCUGCCAGUGGAGACAGUUCAAACAACCUGCAGUUCAAGCACCAGCACUGCACAGCUGUUAAUGAGAGAGAAAAUAACUCUUCCUGCAAUAUAUAAGUAGACUUAUCUGACUUCUGAGUCACUAGCUGAAAACCUCUCUUCUCAGAGACUGGGAGCAGAAAGAAAAAGCUGCUCGGGAUGUCUUGUGUAUCCUAAAUUAUUCUAACUGGAUUUGUUUAGUGCUGUGCAGGGAAAUUCAGGUCUUUCCUCAUAGAAGCAUAAGUGAAUACAAAAGCUUUUUUCCCUAGCUUUUGUUUAGGAGAAAAAGAAAGAAAAAAAAAAUAAUAGGAAAGCUAAAAUAUGGUAACAUAUUCAAAAUUGGUUACAGCUGUAAAACAGCAAUUGACUUAGUCAUCAGUAAGUUUGGGUUUUCUAUCAGUAAUGAGGAAUUUCUGGGACACAUUUUUUCACAACUCUCUAAGCCAUGUUAUGCAGGUUAUUCACAGUAUUGAUGACUUCUUCUACCUGGGUGUUAUGGUAACUGUUGAAAAAUUUAUGAAAAGGGCUUUAAGUUGUAUGUGUCUUACAAAUGUUAUAUAUAGACUCCUCAUAAACCCUAAUAUUUGGGUGUACUGAAGAUCUUUGUGGUUGGUCUGAACAAUUCUAGUUCUAGGACAUUACCACUAGGGCUUACUAUUUUUCUUCUUUGUAUAGCUGCCCCAACUCUUUGUUACAGCUCACUGUGCUUUCUGCAUUAGUGUCAGCUUCUACCUCAUUUGCAGUCUCUAUAGCAACAGUUUCUCAGCAACUGGGAGAUGCCUAGUAAAGGCCUCUCAAUUUAGAAAUAUUGCACUCCAACCAUAAAAAAAAAAAGCUGUGAAACAAAGAUCAAAGAAGUUUUAUCUUUAAUAAUUCAGGAUAUUUAUUACUAAUUAAUUAGUGUUCUCUGUUUUGACUGCUUAGACAAUUACCUGAUACUUUGAUCUGGGCCUUUGCUAGGCAUUUGUUGUGAGCAGCUUUAAUUUAAAAGCAAAACCUUUAGAACUGUGUCUUGAAGUCAACUUUUAAGUGCUGUAAAACUACUGGACUUCUCUGGUGUUGCCAUCUGACUUCUGGACCUUCAGUAAGUAAUGAGAGGAAGGUAAGUGCAGCUACUGUAUUUAAGAGGAGACAAUAAUUUUGGCCUUUGAAUAAAACAUAGAAUGUCUUCAUCCUUCACAGGAAACAAAAGUAAUUGUAGGUUCUUUUAUGCAUAUUUAAGAUGUUGAUCAUAUGUUGUCUGAUUUCAAAAGAAAAGUCUCUGUGAUCAAGUUGAUUGAUCUGCUGGGAGGUUUCUGCCUUACUUCGUGGGGCUUGUCUUUCUCUGUACUUUAAUUUAAUUAUGUAGCAUCUUUCAAAAAGCAUUUUAUUUGCUAAAGUACAUAUUCUGAGAACCUGUAUGUCAAAUAAACAAGCUAUAAGUAAUCAAAUGUUACUUUUCUUUCAUAAUUCCACUAAUAGUCAAGAAAAAGGCCAUCCUUACUCUGCACAUAAGAGUAUUCAUGUUAAUGGGACCAGGACUGUUAACUGUAACAAUGUAUUUUCUGAACAUUUGUACAUACUUUUAAUUUUUUUGUUUGUUUUCUUAAGUGUUUUUUCACUAUUAAAGCACACAAAUAACUGAAAUAUAACACACAGGCUGAAAUAGUGUAUCAAUUGGCAAAGUUACUUCAAAUUUCAUGGGCAGCAGAUACUGCUUCUGCUUUCACAUUGUGUUCAUGUGCUAACACUGAAAUAGAUUCUCUUUGUUUCACCCAGGCACUCCUACUGCAGUCAAGAUCUGGACUGGACACGGAGUUUUGUGAAUGUAGACUGUACAUACAUUAAUAAUGUCUUCUGUAACUUUUUGGAAGGAGGGUUCAUAAAUAUGAUGUUGUACAAUAAUGGCCAGAAAUACGUGGUUGACUUUGAGACUAUGAAUACCCUAGUACAAGACUAUAGGGUGGUUUUCCAUAUGGGUAAUUUAGAUGUUAAACAUUGUUGUGUUGUACUGGACAGAGAUCUGGUCAUCUUACAGUAAGUAUCAAGCACUCAUAGAUUAUGCAUGCUGUAUAACUCAAGAAGUCAGUGGAUCUGUCCUUAUUUGAGUGAGCCAAUUGCAAUGAAUUCUAAUGCCAGUGAGUUUAACCUGGAUAUUUUUACAUUUAUCCCAUCCACUUUCUUUAUUUAAUGUGCCUCUGGUACAGAGAAAAUAAAGGAGGCAAGCUGUGUAUUUCUAAGUCUACCUUCUAGAUUGCUACAUGUAGCUUUUACCAAACACUUGUGUUCAAUUCAUUGCUCUGUGUCUUCUGAUUUCACUGAUUUCCAUACAUGAACUUUUCUGUCAAGUUAUGCAGAGGCUCCUACUACUGCAGCUAUUUUAGGAACAGUUGUAUCAUAUUUUUGUAUAUAUUGCAUAUGAAUACAUAUCUGUAGGCAAACUUAUGUGCCUGUGUAAAUGCUGGGCAGAGCUGUAGUUUUGCAGAACCCUUAGUAAGAAAGAAAAUAGAAUAGUGGAAAAGAAACAUAGUGGUAUUUUUUUUCAAACAAUGACUACAGUAAAAACUGGCAUUGUAGUCUUGAAUGAAAAAGACUAUUAAAGCAAAUCUGUAUCUCAGUAUUUUAAGCAUCUAAAUUUAGGUUAUGACUGAAAUUUAGGGACUGAAACAAAAAGUUGCAACUUUCACCAAUUAAAAUGGUGAGGAGCAUAUUUAUGGUAGACUCAAUAAUUUUAGAUCAUUGAAUAUUUAUGCUUCAUAAAUGGCCAGUAUUCUGUCAUGUUUAUGAUCAAUGAUUCUAACUGAAAAAAUGUAAGAAGUGAACAUUUGUUUAAGUUCAGAUUUAACACCAAAUUUAUUAAGUUUUAGAUAAUUUCCAACUAUUUAAUUUUUAUUUAUUUUAGCAAACUUGCCCUUUGUUCUGCACAAUAAGCCAUAUAGAUGGCCUUUGGAAUCUUCUUAGAUCUAUUAUACCUAGUGUUUUGCAACUGCAGUGUUAGCUGAAAGAUAGUUACUACAGUUAAUUCAUAUUUUUAUUUCUGUGAUUGGAAAUAUAAUGUUGUUUAGAGCAUUAGUGAAAUAAAUCCUGAGGGGAGACAUUCAGUUUCCAUUAUUACAGUGACAUAACUACUUUUGCUUUCACAGUUGUUAAUGUAAGUAGGUUCAUGGUUAAGCUUCCUUUUCCCCUUCCAUAUCAGCUCAAUAAGAAAUAAUGUCAGCUCAGCCUAAAACUUUAGUUUUGCUUGAAAAUUUUAGAAAAUACUUUUGAGUAAUUGCAAUCAGUGAAUCUUAGGAAGAGUCUGGUGCAGAUAUGCCCUCUGUGACCUGAAAUUGUACACUAUGGACCAUAUGGUAAUCCUGAAUGUAAAUACUGGGCUCUUAAUAGUGAAAGAUCUCAUUUCCUGUACUUAAAACUGUUUUGAGGAUUGAUUUUGCCCUGCUACCAUUUUGCAGUUACUUGAAUUACUCCUAUUUUAUGCUGAGCGCAGAACUUGCAAUUUGCUGGCAUUUCUCUGCACGUGGCACCAAAACUAUUUUGUUUAAUGUAAUUCUGUUUAAUUUAAUUUCUGAAAUGCAUCCAGUGAAUUGUUCAGAUUAAAAGGUUUAAUUUGAAUGGUUCAAUAUGUCUCUGUCUAGAAUAUGUGGUUUUACACUUUGGUUUGUUGUGUUAUAGAAUGCCUAAUGCCAUCUGUUAAUUUCAAAUGGAUCCAGAUUUGCAGGGUAAGGAUUUUUCAUAUUUUUCCCCAACUUUUCUCAAAAGGCAUUUCUAUGUCUUUUUGAACAGAAAUUACUGAA